AUGUAUCGCCUACAUACGGCUCCGAACCAAAAGUUGAAGUUCAUUCUUUCAACUUAUUGCCUUUCGUUCGAGAAAAGCUAUGGAACAUCAAAGGUAGAUGCUGAGAGACUUGUUAUGGCCCUUGACCCGGAGUUCUUGGCGUUGAUGCUGCGCUCAUCACCAGUCAUCGCCAGUUCCGCGUUGACUCUAAUCAUGUCUUUGCUAUCUAACAAAUCGACAGCGAGGCAUUUGUCGACCUUGACUCCCCAUGUGGGCGUGUUGCUUUCGUUUUUGGUGGACAAGGGUUUCGAGAUCGAUUCGACAACGAGCGCCCUGAUAAAGCAAAGCGCUUCCAGCGUAGAGGUUUUAAAGGCGCGUCUCAUUUCAGAUUGCCUUUCAUUCUUCCACGCGAUAUCGACGGCGCUGGGCCUCCCAGCGUUCCACGCCAUUAACAUGGACGCUCCGGACUUGUCGGAUGUCGUUGACGACCUAUCCAAGGAUAUGUUCGACCUUGUCGGUGAUGAUGGAAUGCCAAGUCAUCCAACAAACGUCACUGCUGUAUGUCGUUUGUGCGAGCUUGUUGAGAGUCGCGAAUUCAAGGAAGCUGCAAGCGAGGUCGAACACAUUGAACGAGACCUGGAUGCUUUGGCUGCCGCCCAUUUAGAGGACGUUACAGCCGCAUCUGCUGAGCAUGAGGAAUGCGAUGACGAUGAUCACUGCAUUGGAGCGCUUCUGUUAACGGUUGGAAAAUCAGUUUUGGGAGAAUUGUCAUCCAAACAAGGAAGCACGCCACAGGAAGCCAUUUCCAUCAACGUAUUAUCGCUUAAGUCUGUGCUGGAAUUGAUACCUUCUACCGAAUUCGAUGAAUUAUUUCAGCAGUGCCUAUCUAGCGGCAACUUCGACGUUAUGGCGGUCCUUUUCGACUUGUGCAAAUCGUCACAUUCGGCUUUAUUUGGACCCUCCGUGCAAAUUCGUGUCUCACAGGUUGCAUCUACCAUUCUGGAGCAGAGUUCACACAAAUCUGGGAUUGCUCUGGCGAGCUGCUUUUUGGGGCAGAUGAUCGAACGUCACGGUUUUGUUGCAAUAUCAUCAUACCAGGGCGACCAUGGUGGCAUCACCCAGUUACAAAAACGAUUAUAUGCACUUGUGAGCCGUUGUGAGAUCGAGAUUCACCUAACGUUGCAUGACUUUCUCAGGCUGGGAUCGGUUAGCACUGACGUGAAUGCAUCUUUUCGCCUAUUGGAGGCAAUUAUUGUCUGCAUCGGAGAGAACGAGUCGAUAAUGCCUGCGUGUCAUGAGCUCUUCGCCGUCAUCCACCGCACUAUGACUACGGUAUUUGAGUUCUUCGACGAAAUUUCCGACAACAACCGUAAGAAGGCUGAUUCACUGCUGACGUGCUGCUGUCGUCUGAUAGGGUGUUGGAUGACUCUGGAGCCUAUGCACCUUAGGAGCCUGUAUCUGAGUAAAUUGUCCAAGAUAUUGUCAGCCAUAUCUGCAGAAGACUUUGCGUGGUUGCUUCCUUCGUUUGAUUAUUUGGAUGCAGUCGAUUUUGACGGUAUAAAGGCGCUGAUGCCAUCCUGCCUUGCUGCCAUGUCGUUAGCGUGGGCCGCAGUGAUGGGUGGUAACUCUACGGGUGCUACGGAUGGUGAAGAGAGGCGCACGCUAUCCAUGUGUUACAGGCUUUUGGAGCGCAUGUUUGUAGAAAGUGUCAACGACUGUUCGGCCUUUCUUGCUUUGGAUGCCGCCGAUGCAAUACCACCGUUCACGCCUCUUAAGUUGCGUGGUUUUCAGGAGACCAUACUUGAUCAAGGGAACGUCCACUUCAGCCCGCGCAUUCCACUAGAUGUAUCUAUGCCCAUUCCAAUCGACCCAUCUGCAAUUGAUGGUUCGGCUGAGAGGGUUUGCCGGGUUCUUCAGUUCAUGCAGUACCACUUCCUGUCGGUAUUACGUCGCUUCCAUCCAAAAUUGGAAUCGCCAACGGUGCGGGCUGAAGACGAUUUUCUCGACUUAGGUGUUCUUCAAGACGCCCUGGAAAAUUCGUUGAAAAGCGCCAGUGUUUUGCAAGCCGAUUGGUCCCCGAUUCUAUGUGAAGCUGCGCUUGCCACCGCUGCGGUAUGCCUCCUCCGGGUUAACCAGAGCCAUGUACGCGAAUGGAUGAACGGCUGUGCUACGUUGAUCAUUAUGGAAUGCGUCGCGAUGUCGUUUGCGUAUGCGAAUCCCCGGACAACUGCGGAAUAUUCCGCAGUGGAUGAGAGUUCAGGUCUGCUAUGGCACCGUAUUGCGCUGUGCUGUACCAUUCUGCUGCAGCGUCAGCCGCAUUUUGUGAACGUGUUCGCCUUCGUCUGUCGUAAGCUAAAUUUGAAGCCUUUGAAGGCUACUAAUGGCAAGCUGAACUCUCUGGUGGAAGCUGGUUGGCUGUCGGCGGAUUGUGCGUCUGCCUGUGAAUUUAUGUGCACGCUGGUGUCCGCGUUGCGUUAA